AUGUGGCGCUCUAGGUGGGAUGCCGGCGUCCUGAAGGCGGAGGCCCUGGCCCUUCUCCCCUGCGGCCUGGGCAUGGCGUUCUCCCAGUCCCACGUGAUGGCUGCUCGGCGGCACCAGCACAGCCGGCUCAUCGUCGAGGUGGACGAGUACAGCUCCAACCCCACCCAGGCCUUCACCUUCUACAACAUCAACCAGGGCCGCUUCCAGCCGCCGCACGUGCAGAUGGUGGAUCCAGUGCCUCACGAUGCCCCUAAGCCACCUGGCUAUACCCGCUUUGUCUGUGUCUCUGACACCCAUUCGAGGACGGACCCCAUCCAGAUGCCCUAUGGUGACGUGCUGAUCCACGCUGGGGACUUCACUGAGCUAGGGCUCCCGAGCGAGGUGAAGAAGUUCAACGAGUGGCUGGGUAGUCUGCCCUACGAGUACAAAAUUGUGAUCGCUGGCAACCAUGAGCUGACAUUUGACCAGGAGUUCAUGGCAGACCUCAUCAAGCAGGACUUUUACUACUUCCCGUCGGUGUCGAAGCUGAAGCCGGAGAACUACGAGAACGUGCAGUCGCUGCUCACCAACUGCAUCUACCUGCAGGACUCAGAGGUCACUGUGCGGGGCUUCAGGAUCUACGGCUCUCCAUGGCAGCCCUGGUUUUAUGGCUGGGGUUUUAACCUCCCUCGAGGCCAAGCCCUGCUCGAGAAAUGGAACCUCAUUCCCGAAGGCAUAGACAUCCUGAUAACGCACGGACCGCCACUGGGCUUCCUGGACUGGGUCCCCAAGAAGAUGCAGCGGGUGGGCUGCGUGGAACUGCUCAACACGGUGCAAAGGCGCGUCCAGCCGCGGCUGCAUGUCUUUGGCCACAUCCACGAAGGGUAUGGUGUCAUGGCGGAUGGGACGACUACCUAUGUGAAUGCGUCCGUGUGCACUGUGAACUACCAGCCUGUGAACCCGCCCAUAGUCAUCGACCUUCCCACACCCCGGAACUCCUGA